AUGCAGAGUGCUUCUAUAAACAAUUGUGAAAGACUGUGCAAGAAGUCCAUCCGUGAAAUUUCCUUGCUACUAAAUAUUCCAUGGUCAACUGUUAGUGGUAAUAUAACAAAGUGGAAGCAACUGGGAACAACAGCAACUCAGCCACAAAGUGGUAGGCCACGUAAAAUGACAGAGUGGGGUCAGCGCAUGCUGAAGUGCACAGUGUGCACAAGUCGCCAACUGUCUGCAGAGUCAAUAGUUAAAGACCUCCAAACUUCGUGCGGCCUUCAGAUUAGCACAACAACAGUGCAUAGAGAGCUUCAUGUAAUGGGUUUCCAUGGCAGAACAUCACCAAGUGCAAUGCAAAGCGUUGGAUGUGGUGCCGUGAAACACGCUACCACUGGACUCUAG